AGUUGUAUCGGGGCUACGCUUUCCCCUGUAUAUCGGAGCUGGCGGCAAGCAGAGGGGGCCGGCUCUGAGCCGUGUAACACACUCCCACAGCCCAGCCUCUGCGAGUUCUGCGGCGCUGGCUCUCUGUCUCUCUCUCUGUGAGUGUGGGUGUGGGGGUGAGUGAGUGUGGACGCGCUCCGGGGGCUGCCAGUCUAGUGCUGUGUGUUGACCGCUCGCUAGCUGGAGUGAGCAGUGUAGAACUGACAGCGCCGGUGGCUUGACUACCUUCAACACUCGCUCUAUCUCGGCUGGAGAAUUCUGAUGCGGUGGCCAAUUUGCAGCUUAUUCUACGCGGCGAAGCUGCGAGAGUCAGUACAUUAGUGGGGACAAGUCCUAACGGCAUUGACGGAUUACCUGGAGCGUGGAGCUUUCAGCAUGAAGCUGCUCCGGCAGGUCUACUUGUCUGCGCUCCUAACGUGUGUGUUUCCCCUGGUACAGGGAAAUGGGGACCAAUCGGACACUGUCUACUUUGUUCCUGAAUUUGCACUUUCUCCACAAGGAAGCUUUUUGGAAGAUACGACGGGAGAGCAGGCCCUGACAUACCGUUACGAUGAUCAGACGUCACGGAUCACGCGCUCGGAUGAGGACCAGGACACUGGCUGGGAUGCGUGGGGCUCCUGGAGUGACUGCUCCAGGACGUGUGGUGGAGGAGCCUCCUAUUCCCUCCGUCGAUGCUUAAACGGCAGGCGAUGUGAAGGAAGGAACAUUAGAUACAGAACCUGCAGCAAUGUGGGGUGCCCGCCUGAUGCUGGGGACUUCCGGCACCAGCAAUGCUCCGCGCACAAUGACCUGAAGUACCAGGGACAAUAUUAUGAGUGGGUUCCCGUCUACAAUGACCCAGAGGCUCAGUGUGCGCUGAAGUGUCAGGCUCGGGGCACUGACCUGAUCGUGGAACUAUCGCCCAAGGUCCUCGACGGUACCCGAUGCAACACCGAGUCUCACAACAUGUGCAUCAGUGGGAUUUGUCAGGUGGUGGGUUGUGACCGACAGCUCGGGAGUAAAGCCAAGGAAGACAACUGUGGAGUGUGUGCGGGUGGCGGCUCGACCUGCAGACUGGUGCGGGGACAGUCCAAGUCACACACCUCCCCCGACAAACUGGAAGUCACGGUAAUUGCGGUUCCAUACGGGAGUCGGCAUGUGAAAAUCACCCUGAAAGGUCCUGCCCAUCUCCAUAUAGAAUCCAAAACUCUACAGGGCCAGAGAGGGGAGCACAAUCUCACGUCUCCAGGGAUGUCCGUUAUUGAGAACACCACGGUAGAGUUCCACAAAUCCUCCGAUAAGGAGGUCCUCAAGAUACAAGGUCCACUCCACGCAGAUUUUAUAAUUAAGACUAGGUACGUAUCAUCAAGGGACAGUGUGGUACAGUUCAUGUUCUAUCAACCCAUCAGCCAUCAGUGGAGAGAGACUGAUUUCUAUCCCUGCACUGUGACCUGUGGUGGAGGGUACCAGCUCAGCUCUGCCGAGUGCGUGGACAUACGAUCAGGCCGAGUCGCUCCCGACCACUCCUGCAACUACUACCCCGAAAAUAAAAAGCCCAAGCCCAAACUACAGGAGUGCAACAUGGACCACUGCCCCUCCAGUGAUGGCUUCAAGCAACUGGCAAUUUACGACCACUUCCAACCACUUCCACGCUGGGAGAGCAGCCCUUGGACUGCCUGUUCAAUAUUCUGUGGAGGUGGAGUACAAACACGCAGUGUCACCUGCAUUGAAGAGAACAUGUUUGGUGAGAUUAUCCCCGUGGAAGAGUGGAAAUGCAUGUACACCUUCAAACCUCCAGUGGUACAGAACUGCAACCUGUUUGACUGCCCCAAAUGGAUCGCCAUGGAAUGGUCUCCAUGUACAGUAAGCUGCGGUCACGGGCUGCGCUACAGGGUGGUCCUCUGUAUCGACUACCGCGGCCAACACACUGGGGGCUGUAAUGCCCAACUCAAACCGCACAUCAAGGAGGAGUGCACCGUGCCAAUCCCAUGUUAUAAAACUAAAGAAAAACUUCCUGUGGAAGCUAAAGUCCCUUGGAUUAAGCAAGCGCAGGAAAUGGUGGAAAGGAUCUCGGUGUCCGAGGAGCCAAAGUUUAUUCCUGAGGCCUGGUCACAGUGCAGCGCUUCGUGUGGGCAUGGCCAGCAAGUGCGGAGUGUGACGUGCCGCAUUCUCCUAUCCUUCUCCCAAACGGAAGAAGAGUUGCCGGAUGAGGAGUGCGAGGAGGAGGAGGAGAAGCCGCCCAGCGAGCGUGCGUGUUACCUGGCGCCGUGUGAAGGCACGACGGCUGUACGUGGCCCAGAGGUGGCCUACAAUAACCAGCGUGACAACGCAAUGGAUGGACAGUUUGACUGGGAAUACGAAGGCUUCACCCCCUGUACAGCCACCUGUUUAACAGGGAAACAAGAAACUGUGGUUGUGUGUCGUGAUAGAUUGACGGAGGAAAGUGUGGAUGAGAGUUUGUGUGAUGGUAACAAACGGCCUCCACACAUGGUGCGUGUGUGUGGUACACAGCCUUGCCCGGCCAGAUGGGACUCCAGACCGUGGAAACAAUGCAGUGCAACCUGUGGGGUCGGCUUGCAAACCAGGGAGGUUUUCUGCAAACGAACGGUGACGCACCACCUGGAGGACUUUGUCAGAGUCGUUGAGGAGGAAUGCUCGGAUCCAAAGCCCCCUGAAGUACAGGCCUGCAAUCAGCUAGAUUGUCCACCAUCCUGGCAUCGUGGAGACUGGCACCCGUGUUCGCAUACAUGUGGAGGAGGUUUGCAGUCACGCAAGGUCCAAUGCAGGCGGCUCCUGACUGAUGGGAGUUCUGUCAGCCUUCCUGACGAGCUUUGUCUUGAGCACAAACCACAGAUGAAGCAAGCGUGUGGUUACGGUGACUGCCCACCACAACUGGCAUUGGGGAAAUGGUCCAAGUGUUCUGUGAGCUGUGGGGAAGGUUUCCAGCGCAGAGAUUGGCUUUGUCAGACAGUCUCCACGGCUGGGCAACAGGUCACGGUAGACCAGGUCUCAUGCAACGGAGCCUCCAGACCUCCAGCAGUUCAAGCCUGCACCAUGCCUGCCUGCAAUAAGGUUGGAAAGGACAAAAAGAACAAUGUUUCUCAAAAGCAAGCUGCCCGUGAGCCACAGAUCCUGGGCAUUCACAGAGUUUACAUACAAACCAGGCAGGAGAAACGGAUCCACUUUAGCAUUGGAGGCCGAGCUUACCUCCUUCCAAAAACCUCCAUCGUCAUCCGAUGUCCAGUGAGGAGAUUCCAGAAGUCACUGAUCAAAUGGGAACGAGAUGGCCUCCAUCUACAAAAUACAAAACAAAUUGGAAUUACUAAAUCAGGAUCGCUGAAAAUCCACAGGGUUGAAGCGAAGGAUAUCGGUGUGUACAGUUGCAUUGCAGGCCCCACUCGGGAUACCUUUGUCCUCAAGUUGAUUGGCGAUGAUAACAAGUUAAUCGAACCGCCUUCUUUCGUCAAAGCUAAGACGAGACAAGGCAUUGGGCCAGAGAAGAUGAAUCACAAUGAAUCCAACAGGCUGGAGGAUAAAUGGACCCAAAUAAGCAAAAUGUGGUACAGCUGGAGCAAAAAGAAUGAAUUGUCUGUGGAUGAUAGUCAGACAAAUGAUCACGUUUUCCUACGCCUACUUGGAAAUCAUUUGUUUUCGAAAAGAAAGGCUAGUUUUGCAGAGUUGUUUGACUCGCAAGAGUUUUAUAACAAACAUCCUGAUCGCUCUGUAUCCCAGGGAGCUUAUAGUAUGGAUACCAAGCAGUUUGAAGAGAUCUUACGGAAUAUAAGUUUCAGGAUUGAGUCUGGAGAAAUACCUGAAGAUUUUGCGUCACAGCUGAUGCACCAGUUGGCCGCUGAAGUAUCUCGACCCCAACCAACGGUGGAGAAAUGGAAAGUCCCAACCGACGAUAACGCAUCCAACUCCAAAUUAUUAGAUAAGGCUCCGAAUACAUCCGAAGCUUCUACAGUUAAGGAUGUACAUCAACACAGGAAGAAACAAAAGCCUCCCACUAUAUUGAGAAACACGCAGCUUCCUCUCCUGCCUCAGAAAAACAUGAGUGUUGCAAUGGGAACCGUGGCAUACGUGGCCAGUAACACGCUCUGUGUCACAUUCCUCUGUGAAUCUACCGGCAGCCCUGAGCCUGACGUUUACUGGACAAAGGAUGGGGCACCCCUGAAAUUUAACGCAAGGAUACAAUUGCGGGAAUCUGCAAGACUUGAAGUCCAGAAUGUCACAAGGCAAGAUGCAGGUCUUUAUGGAUGUAUGGUUACCAAUGAACUUGGAGCAGAUAGUGAAACUUCAUUAUUAUUGUAUGCAGAAAUCCCAACCAUCAAAUUCUCCAGAGAAAAUAUCACAAACCUUACAAUGUGGCACUUAGCAACUGUCAUUGGAAGCAAUUUACUGGCCAGAGUUGGGGCUACAAUUAUCAUUCAUUGCCCAGUUGAAGGUGUUCCUGAACCAAAGAUUACUUGGCAAAAAAAAGAUGGUCUGUUAGGGAAUAAUUCCGUUCUCCUGCCGAAUGGAUCUGUGGUGCUGAAGAAUGCAAGAGUCACAAAUCAAGGAAUGUACACUUGUACGGCAAUAAAUGAAAUUGGACAAGCAACUAUGUCAACAGUUAUUAAACUAACUGAACCAGGAGUUGCUGCCCAGGCUGUGGGAUCCCCACAAACCAAAGGAAGAAAACGGGUCUUAAUGGCAUCAAAGGCCGGCACUCCAGUUCGAGUUAAACAAGGCGAUGUACUCCGCAUGGGCUGCCCAACAGUUGCCAAAGACAAAAUGGUCAUCACAUGGUAUUUCAAGAAUCAAUCUAUCCACAGCAUCUCAGGACUUGAGUACAAAAUCCUAGCCAGAGGACAGGUCCUCGAAGUGAGAAUGGCAUUGGAGAGGUUGGCGGGGCAAUACAAAUGUCAGGCUGCCAAUAAUAUUCGGACAGUCUCUGCUUAUGUGAAUGUGAGCUUUGUAGGUGUGAUGUGGGUCGCCGGUGACUGGUCUACCUGUUCAGUGACUUGCGGGAACAAUGGAACUCGCUACAAGAAGAUGCUCUGUGUCAACAUAAGGGGACUAGAGGUGAAUGAGUCAGCAUGCUACGAGCUUCCAAAACCCCCUAUAGUCAUUGAACCAUGCAGCAUACAGGACUGCCCUGUCAGAUGGGUGACCACCUCAGUGACCGAGUGUUCGGUCCCGUGCGGUAAAGGAGUGCGGCGUCUCAGAGUGAGAUGUGAGCAGGUGAUGGCCAGUGGCACUGUGACCAUUGUGCCUCCAUCUGUCUGUGCAGAACAGGAUCGCCCAGCCAGUGAGGUGGAGUGUUUACUGCCACCCUGUGGCCAGUGGAAGAGGUCGGCCUGGGGAGAGUGUUCGGGCCGCUGUGUGGGGGAUAAGGUCGCUGUCCAGCACCGACAAGUGGCGUGUCGCUAUACAAAUGGAACUUCAGCUGCAAAGUCUACCUGUGAGAAAACAGAGAGGCCAGCUACAGCCAGACGGUGUGCGUCGGAGAGGUGUGAUGUGCAGUGGAGAGCGGGCCCGUGGAGGCAGUGUGCAGCCACCUGUGGCAGUGGUUUCCAGUCCCGGCGGGUCACCUGUGUCCACAACAAACACCGCAGGGCAGUGCCCAACCAACACUGUGGGUGGCAGCAACGCCCCAUCACAUGGCAACAUUGCAACAUCACCAGCUGUGACACUGCGGAUGGAGAGUGCAGCGACACGAUGCGUUACUGUGCACUGGUGCAACGUCUGAUGCUGUGCCACCUGAACACCUACAAACACCGAUGCUGCAAGUCCUGCAGGCUGCAUUAGUUCACACACACACGGCUGCUCGCUGCAUCAUUAGACUCUGGACCGAUGUAUACACAGCCAGCCCCCUGUCGUUGAACAGAAUGCAGUGGAACCUGGAGACAACAGAUCCCAGAGGAGGUGUUAAUUAUGUUGUAAAUCUGCUUGUACAGAAAUGCUCUUCAUUGUAUCGGUAAAAUAUGUAGCAGUCGAUUCUCAGAGAAAGAACUUUUAGAUUCUAACGUGGACUUGUUGUGCCUAUGUAUUCCCCAUCACCAAAGAUAAGUGUUUAGGUGGCAGCACCGAGGCUGGGGAGUGAAAUAUUUACUGCAAGCUGCAGACAAAACAUCUUCUAAACAUACAGGUAGCCUUGGAGGCAAGGGUGGACUGGCAAUCCAGGUGAGUUGCUCAUCCUUCAUCAUUGUGUUGAAUCCAAAUCUUUCACAUCUGAUAUUCCAGAUUAUGUUUUUAUCUGAAUUUGCAGCCAAUCAUGAGAAUAAAGUAUUCUGUCAUUUAGAUUUUUAACGUGUAGACAGCCAUCAUGCCAGCUACUUUGAACCAAGCAAGGCCUAUCUGCAAAAUCAACCCCAUAUUUACAGUUUAGUUUAUUGUCACAUGUACCGAGAUACAGUGAAAAGUUUUUGUUGCGUGCUAACCAGUCAGCAGAAAGACAAUACAUGAUUACAAUCGAGCCAUUCACAGUGUAUAGAUACAGGAUAAGGGAAUAGUGUUUAGUGCAAGGUGAAGCCAGCAGAGUCCAAUCAAGGAUAGAGCUUGGGUCUACAAUGAUAGUAGUUCAGGACUGCUCACUGAGUGUGGUGGCAUGAUUUGAAGCAAAUGCAGGCAAUGGACCAGGUGUUACAGGCCAACCCAGCCUAUGCUGCCAUACAAGUAUUAGUUCAUCAAUUCCAGCAGCAGAAUUAGGCCAUUCAGCCCAUCAAGUCUACUCUGCCAUUCAAUCAUGGCUGAUCUAUCUCUCCCUCCUAACUCCAUUCUCCUGCCUUCCCUGACACCCGUACUAAUCAAUAGCAGAGUUAGCACAUCAGCAAACAUUAGCAGUGUGAAUACAUUGGAUUACUUUAUUCAACUUAAUUAUAAAAUGAUACAAGGUUAGCUGCAGGAAAACUGGGAAAAUAUUGUAAGGACAAUCUCACUGAUCACUCGUUGAUUUUUAAUACAAUGGAGUCACAGAGUUAGACAGGGUGGAAACAUGUCCUUCACCCAACCACAUCCAUGAACACAAAAGGACACAAAGUGCUGGAGUAACACAGCAGGUCAGGCAGCAUCUCUGGAGAAUGUACCAGAUAUGCUCCACAGAUGCUGCCUGACCUGCUGAGUUAUUCCAGAACCUCGCCACCAUCAACUAGUGUGUGGUGCUGACCUCCCAUCUAUCUACCUCAGUCCUUUAUCGGACUUUACCUUGCACUAAACGUUAUUCCCUUUAUCCUGUAUCUGUACACUGUGGACGGCUCGAUUAUAAUCAUAUAUAGUCUUUCUGCUGGCUGAGUAGCACGCAACAAAAAGCUUUUCACUGUAGGUGCUAAUAAUCUAAAACUAAAACUCUUAAAGGGCCAGUGCCACUUCUGCAACUUUUUCGGCGACUGCCAGCACCCGUCAUAGAUCGGCAUGUUGAAAAUCCAGCUGUGACCAGAAAGACGCUACGACUCUUUGGGCGACUGAGGAGACGACUCACGACCGUACAGGUGACAUGUCGCGGGGUGAAGCCUGUAUGGUUGUGAGUAGUCGCCCAAAGAGUCGCACCUUGUUCUGGUCGCCGCUGGAUUUUCAACAUGUUGAAAAUUUUUGGCGACCUGUAACGACCUAUGACGGGUGCCGGCAGUCGCUGAAAAAGUCACGUAAGUGGGACAGCCCUUAAUUGUGGCUCUUUUAAACCAAAAUGAGUGCUGAGAAUUGACACCUCACCUUUACAAUAGCAGGUACAGUUCAGUGCACGGACUGAUAUCGUGCAGGAUCCAAAUGUGCCAGAAUGCUGUGUCAGCACAUUUAAAAAAAACAAUGGCAGUAAAUAGCUGUUAAAUUUCGGACUGCCUCCGUAUCUGACAUUUCCAGUGAAGCUGUCCAGCAGCAAUACAGCGGUUAAAAAUGAUUUGAUUUCACUGAUUAUAAAAAUCAUGUAAAAAAUAAGAAAAGUCGAAUAUUUACAUAGUGUUUGAAAAAGCAAUAAGUACUGUACAGUGGAUUGAUUGAACACAUAUAUUUAUUUCAGUGAUAUCAUUCCGAGGUCACUUGGAAAUAAAUCGUGUAACUCUAAACAUUGAACUUGCAUUUGGAGCUGGUCACAUGAAACUUCUCCCCUCAAAAUAACACGAAAGCUGCUUUCUUGUGACAUCUCGAUGAGUAAUGAACUCACAUAGAAGCUCAGGUUUCACUUAUUUAUAAUGUGUGAGCUCAGCCCAGAGCCUUUUCAUUCCGUUUGCUUCAAUUUCAUCUAAUUUCAUUCGCAAAAUGUUGUUCCUUCCCCUGAAGCCAAGGGCAUGGCCCAUUAAACACAGCCCAUUGGACGUGGCCCAUUAAACAUGGCCCAUUGGUCAGACUAGAUGCAGGAAAAAUGUUCCCCAUGUUGGGGGGAGUCCAGAACCAGGGGUCACACAGUUUAAGAAUAAGGGGUUGGCCAUUUAGGACUCAGAUGAGGAAACAUUUCUUCACCCAGAGAGUUGUGAAUCUGUGGAAUUCUCUGCCACAGAAGGCAGUGGAGGCCAAUUCAAAGGAUGUUUUCAAGAGAGAGUUAGAUUUAGCUCUUAGGGCUAAGGGAAUCAAGGGAUAUGGGGAGAAAGCAGGAACGGGGUACUGAUUCUGGAUGGGUAAGAAAGAACUUCAGAUGCUGGUUUAAAUCGAAGGUAGACACAAAAUUCUGGAGUAACUCAGCGGGUGAGGCAGCAUCCCUGGAGAGAAUGAAUGGGUGAUGUUUUGGGACAAAACCCUUCAGACUAAUGUCAAGGGAGGGGGCGGGACAAAGAUAGAAUGUAGGUGGGGGGCAGUAAGACUAGUGGGAAAACUGGGAAGGGGAAGGGGACUGAGAGAAAAAGCAAGGGCUAUCUGAAGUUAGAGAAGUCAAGGUUCAUACUGCUGGGGUGUAAACUACCCAAGCGAAAUAUGAGAAGCUGUUCCUCAAAUUUGCGCUGGGCCUCACUCUGGCAAUGGAGGAGACCCAGGACAGAAAGGUCAGAUGGGAAUGGGAGGGGGAGUUGAGCAAUCGGGAGAUCAGGUGGGUUAAAGCGGACUGUGUUCAGUGAAACGAUCGCCGAGCCUGCGCUUGGUCUCGCCGAUGUAGAGAAGUUGACACCUGGAACAGCGGAUACAGUCGAUGAGGUUGGAGGAGGUGCAGGUGAACCUGAUUGUGGAUGAUCAGCCAUGAUCACAUUGAAUGGCGCUGCUGGCUCAAAGGGCUGAAUGGCCUACUCCUGCACCUGUUGUCUAUGUUUUUGUAAACCCUGUUCUCUGGCGAUCGCUGUCUCUGUGGUGGAGAGUCAGGAACAGCCAAAUAGUUCUCUAGGUUUAGUCUAGUCUUUUUGUUUAUAGUUUAGAGAUACAGCGCGGAAACAGGUCCUCCGGCCCACUGAGUCCAUGCCGACCAGCGAUCACAGUUCACAUUCACUAUCCUACACACACUAGGGACAAUUUACAUUUUUUCCCCCCAAGUCAAUAAACCUACAAACCUGCCUUUGGAUUGUUGGAGGAAACCGGAGCACCUGGAGAAAACCCACGUGGUCACAGGGAGAACAUACAAACUCCGUACAGACAGCACCCGUGGUCAGGAUGGAACCCGGGCCUCUGGUGCUGUGAGGCAGCUGUAACUCAGCCACUGUGUUGCCCUAUCUUUGAUCGCUCUUCCUUGGUGAGGUUGUAUUUUGCCUGGGACCUUCCCACAUCGGGGCGACCAAGCUCCCGCAUCAGGGGGGAUCUCAGACGCCCCACGCCGGGCAAUCGGACCCCGGGUCGGGGCUGGUCGAAGUUCCUGCGGCUUGGAGCUUCCCGACAUCAGUCUCUACCCGAGACUGUGAGCUGCUCGAUGUUGGAAUCCGUAGGCCACAGUUGGAGCGUCGAUCCCAGGCAAGGGAUCGCAGGCUCCGAUGGCAAGUCCAUGGCCCCGCGGUGGGGCUCAAAGUCAGUCUCGAGCAAGGCCUCCAUCUCCAUGAUGUUAGGCCGCAGAGCAACCGGAGAUACGAUCUGGGAAACAAUCGCAUCUCCGGCAAGGUAAGCGAUUGCAAAAAUAAAUUCCACCCCCCACACUUAAAACAAACCAGAGAACACUAAAACAUACUCUUUAACACGGACUUAAAAUAACGAAACAGAAGAAAGGACAGGCAGACUGUUGGCGAGGCAGCCAUUGCCGGCGCCACCUUGUGGGCUGAGUGGGAGAUAUGCAGGAAAUGAAUGAUAUGGAUCACAUGUGGGCAGAAGAGAUUUGUUUACCUUGGCAGUAUGUUCAGCAUGGAGCAGAAGGGCCAGUUACUGUCUCCACAGUGUACUGUAUGUUGCUAUUCUUCUUAUCUAAGAAUGGAUCUGAGUAAACUGAUAUCAUUAACUGAAUCGCAUUCCAACUUUAUGUUCCAUAUUUCAAAUCACCCUUCCCAGCCCUUGUGUUCCCACCAAACAAUGACUAAUGCAGAGUCUUCUGAGAUUUAUUACAAUUCAUGUUUGGCUGCAAUUAAGAUGACAGAAUAUUUUCCUGAUCAGUUAAAUCAAAUGUGAAAUGCAAAUUGCAAUAUAAAAUAGCAGCAAAAUAAAUAUUUCUGCUAUUUAUCCAGAUUUCUCUAAAUCUCUGAAUAGCCCUGUAAAUGGGUUAAAAAUACAGAGGAAAUAUUAGCACUGUCGCCACAUGCAUGUUAUCAAUAACUCAUGCUGUGUGUCUGACAAGAUUUCAUUGAUUUAAUAAUAAAAAUUUAUGUCGAGAUUUUUUUAAUGCAACUCAAAUUAUCCUUGCAUUCCUUCUUAAUGUCAAAUAAUAGUCAAAGAUUCAAAAAUAUACAGCUGCGUUUUAUAUUUGGUGAACAGCAUUACCAUGCGGUGAUUUUCAAUCUCGCCUUUACCUUACUGAAGGGAAUAAAGGUGAAAGAUGAAAUAAGUAGCAAGGAACUGCAGAUGUUAGUUUAAACCGAAGUGGGACACUGAAAGCUGGAGUAACUCAGCGGGUCAGACAGCAUCUCUGGAGAGAAAAUGAACAGGUGACGUUUUGGGCGAGACCUUUUUUCCUUUUCUCCAGAGAUGCUGUCUGACCCGCUGAGUUUCUCCAGCUUUUGGUGUCUAUUCGUGACAGGAACCGUUGGGUCAAUCUAAAGCCAUUGUUUCAUUGCCAGUUUCCAGAAUAAAUGCAAUUCUUAAUAAAUGUAUGGAAAAUAUGUGCAGAGAAUUAUAAACUAAUCUAGCAAAUGUAAGUCACACAAAUUAUUGUGCUGUGUAUUAUAUUUAAGUUGAACUUCAUAAAUUAGAAAAUAGUACAAUAAGUUUGCUGAACCUCAGUUGGUAAAUAAUUGAAUGAGUGUUCGGCGAGAAGGCUUUUAUUUGUGGAUAAAUAACAGUAUUAUAGGCAGUGGAAAUACUUACCAUUUGUUCAUAUUUGUGCAUUUAUGUAUUGUCCAAUUAUGUUUGUGUAUACAGCUGUUUUAAGUUGGUCUUUCCCCAGAUUAAGAUCCUGGGCCAUCGGGGAAAUACCCCGUCAUUUACUUUCCCCAAAUCAUUAAUGCCUCGUCACCCUUUUAAGAAAAGUUGUGCAUAAAUGAAACAAAAAUAAUUGUAGCAUUUUACUUGUACAUAUUUAUUUUUCUGUUAUGAAGUGCAAUACUGAAUACUGUACAUUGUGUGUUAUAAAGAAUAUUUUUGUUGGGACUUAUCUUUGACUACCAUAGCUUUUCUUCCAAGUUGCUUUUCACUUCCUAUUUAACGUUAUAAUGCUCGUAGCCACGUUACGCACAUCAAAUCUGUCUCUUUUUUUCAGACAUAGCAAUACACGUUACUUGGUAAUGAAAUUAUCCCUAGGUCAGGGUUUGGGAAGAAUUACCUGAAGCAGUGCUACAUGCGAGGGAAAUCUAAAGUGCUGCCCAUUGACACCCUGCAGUCAUUAACACUUUAAAACCAGGAGCAUAACAACUAGGCAAU